AUGUCCCUUCGUCCCGAAAAAACAAACUUGGCCGGUAACUGGAGCGAAAAAUACACCGCUGAGCCCCACCUCGCAGGGCACGGCCUUAGUUUGGCCGAGUGGACCCAGGAAAAGUUUACUGAGUACGGCUUUACCGCCUCAAUUGACACCUACGACGUUUAUUUAUCCUAUCCUGAAGACCAUGCUCUAAACCUUCUCGAAAACGGCUCUACCGUCUACUCGGCGCCGUUGAAGGAAGACGAGAUUAUCGACCCUACGUCCCACGGCGACGACUUGGUGCCAACCUUUUUGGGAUACGCCGGAAACGGCAACGUCACCGCUGAGUACAUCUACGCGAACUACGGUACCAUUGAAGACUUUCGCCGGUUGAAUGCCAGCGGAGUGGACAUUUCCGGAAAAAUUGCCAUUGUGCGCUACGGGCGCAUCUUCCGCGGCUUAAAGGUCAAGUUUGCACAGGAUUUCGGCGCCGUGGGAGUUCUCAUCUACUCAGACCCUGGUGAUGACUUUGGAAUCACCCCUGCCAACGGUUUCAAGCAAUACCCAGACGGGCCUGCCCGCCAGGAAUCGUCCGUGCAGCGCGGAUCCGUCCAGUUUUUGUCAAUCCAGCCUGGUGACCCUACCACUCCAGGCUACGGCUCCAAGAAGGGCGCAAAGCGCGGCGAUCCGUUCAACUCUACUCCCAAAAUCCCGGUUUUGCCCAUCAGCUAUCGCGAGAUAAAACCAAUCCUAGCCCGUUUGAAUGGGUUUGGUAAAACGCUUGGCCACUCCUGGAAGGGGGAGCUCCCGGGGUACAAGUACAACGUUGGUCCUAACCCAAACUACACCCUCAACUUGUACUCUAACCAAACGUUCAACAUCACGCCGAUCUGGAACGUCUACGGUGAGAUCCAGGGACUGCAUAAGGACGAGGUGAUUAUUGUUGGAAACCACCGCGACGCAUGGAUCAAGGGGGGCGCGGGCGACCCCAACUCAGGCUCGGCAGCGCUUCUUGAAGUCGCCAGAGGGCUCUAUGAAUUGCAAAAGUCCGGAUGGAAACCGCUCAGAACCAUCAUUCUCGCAUCCUGGGACGGUGAGGAAUACGGCUUGCUCGGGAGUACCGAAUUUGGCGAGACGUUUUCAAAGCUUCUUCAGCGCAAUGUGGUGGCGUACUUGAACAUCGACGCCGCUGUCACUGGCACCAAGCUUGGCUUAGGGGCCUCUCCCGUGUUGAAUCACGUUUUGCGGAGUGCCGCAGAAUUGGUGCCAUAUCCAAAGGGAGGCUCGCUCUACGAGCACUUCCAAGCUGAAAGCAAAGACCGGAUUCUGGCCUUGGGUAGCGGCUCGGACUACACAGUGUUCCUCGACCAUCUCGGAAUUCCGUCCGCAGACCUUGGUUUCGGGGGUUACCGUAACGACACGUUGUACCACUACCACUCGAACUACGAUUCCUACUACUGGAUGACCCACUUUGGCGAUCCAGGUUUUGUCUACCACAACACCAUUGCCAAGUACUUGGGGGUGGUGGUGCUCAAGUUGGCAGAACGCGAGGUCAUUGACUUUCGCCUUAACGAGUAUGCCCUCAAAGUCAGCGAAUACUUUGAUGAAGCCAUUGCUGGCAUUCCCGAGAGUUGGUUAAACCAAACAGCGGGCAUUGUGGAAGCGGCCCACGAUUCCAAUGAGCGUUUCAUCAAACGGGCCACCAACGGGGCUUACAGGGUUCCUCAGGGCUAUGUCGCGUCUACCCGCCGCUCCGCUGGCCUGCAUGCUUGCCACCACAGACGUCGCCGGACCGCGAGCGAGCGGGUUUUCCUUCACUCCGAGGUGACGCAUGCCCGUGCCGAUUUGCAGCGGUUGAUCAAGGCAUCGUAUCUGUUUGACGUCGCUGCCGAGGAGUUGCAAGAGGACGCGGAAAACCGUGAGUUCCUCCACUGGUGGGACAGGAUCAAGUUGCACUUCCGCUUAGUGUCCUAUAACAAGAGACUCCAAUACUUUGAAAGAAACUUCUUGGACGAGGCUGGUUUGAAGGACAGAUCGUGGUUCAGGCACAUUGUGUUUGCUGCCGGCAGAUACACCGGUUAUGCCGGGCAAACGCUCCCAGGUAUAAGGGAGGCCAUCGAGGAUGAGGAUAUCGACGGACUUGUGGGGCGGAUCGGUGUUUUGCGCAAGACGGCCAAGAGGGUUAGUUACAAUCUUAAGUAA